AGAGGGGACACCAUACUAAAAAACAUAAGAGGGGACACCAUACUAAAAAACAUAAGAGGGGACACCAUACUAAAAAACAUAAGAGGGGACACCAUACUAAAAAACAUAAGAGGGGACACCAUACUAAAAAACAUAAGAGGGGACACCAUACUAAAAAACAUAAGAGGGGACACCAUACUAAAAAACAUAAGAGGGGACACCAUACUAAAAAACAUAAGAGGGGACACCAUACUAAAAAACAUAAGAGGGGACACCAUACUAAAAAACAUAAGAGGGGACACCAUACUAAAAAACAUAAGAGGGGACACCAUACUAAAAAACAUAAGAGGGGACACCAUACUAAAAAACAUAAGAGGGGACACCAUACUAAAAAACAUAAGAGGGGACACCAUACUAAAAAACAUAAGAGGGGACACCAUACUAAAAAACAUAAGAGGGGACACCAUACUAAAAAACAUAAGAGGGGACACCAUACUAAAAAACAUAAGAGGGGACACCAUACUAAAUACAGACCGACCAGACAACAGACAGCACUAC